GCUGAUACAACCCGGGGAACUCUGUCUCACUCUGUGUGACGUGCGAUAUCAGGAGAGCCAAUCGGUGUCUAUAAAACCCGCGAGGCAGAACAACAAAAAAAAUUGAGUGAGACAGCGUAUCCACGAGAGAAAGAGACCGCUGUUUUCCUCCGGCUCUCAUUACGGUCUCGCAAUAGUUCAAAAUCACCGAUCCUCCGGCUCAGAUCGGCGGGAAAACAAUCGGCCAGUAAAAAAUUUCCAAAAACAACGCGCACCUAUUUUCCAUCUAUUUUCCAUCCCAACCGUUAAAUAAAGUGCAGCAAAUGCAAUCUAAACUCAACUAUAAAAUCUCUACUAUUUUUACCCACGACUUCAAAUAGUGCGAGACGUCAAUUCCGGAAUUUCACCGAGAGUUUUGAGAACUUGGAAAACUAGUGCUCCAGAGGUGACUCGGGACUGUGGAAAUUUCGUGAAAUUCUCGUGAUUUUUUCCUCUUGGACAAUGAGACGGCGAAAAAAAUGAGAGAAAGUGAUUGAUAAAAGAGGCAGCCAGACCUCUCGAGGAUGAUUUUGUUGGGGAUUUGAACCCGUAAUCGGUGGCACGUCAGUUAAUUCGAAAUCCGAUUUUUUGGCGGUGCAAAUUGGUGUUGCGCGCGGCGAAAUUUAUUUCGUGAAAAUCUGUACUGUAACCGCCCUCCCCUUAAAAUUAAAACUCAUAAAGUACCCUCAUAACUCCUCACAUCAGAGGAUAUUCCGCACAUUUGCCCCGAGUCCUCAUCGAUCGGACGGGAACGUGGUGCGCCGCGACGCGCCCUCUUCAGCAGCUCCACUCUCUCAUUUCGCCCGCCCUCAUCGUCAUGGUUGAACCCAGAUGAGUGUCACACCGAAGGCGCAAUAAACCCGAAAAACUCCUGCCCCCUCCCCCAUCCCACUCGAAAAAGAGAAAUAAGUGGUGAUUGAAUUUCAAUCGGGUAAACAAAACUAGUGAAGUGAGUAGGUGAACGUGCGAGUGAACCCACGAUAAGGUUCGGUGAAUGGGGUAGAGCCAUAAAAACACCCUAAAACGGAAAAAAUGUACCGGCGGUCUGGGCAACGAUCUCGAAAAAAAAUGCACCCUAUCUAGUCCCUUUUUACCCAAAUAGCAAUUAAUCGAGUUGCGAUCAAAAAAGGCGCGUAAUUCCGUCGACAGAUUAAUUAGGUUUCACCCUGAAGGGUCAAAUAAUCAGUGAUUAAAAGUGAAGUUGAUCAUCAAACUCGAUAAUUUUGCAAAUUCAAUUGAUUUCACCCCCGAGGGUCAAAUCAGUGGGUCAAAUAAUCUGUGAUUGUUACAAGUGGAGUUGAGGGUCAAGUUCGGGGUUUUGAGAAUUUCAAUGGGUCAAAAUUUGAUGGUCAACUAGUAGAACUAGUGACGAAUCUUUAAGAAGGGCUAGUAAGGACCGAGCUUGAGACGCGCCCUCACAGAUUCACCGGGAGUACAGCCUUGAAAAAUUGGUGACCAACUCAUUAACGGACAGCGGUUGCAGGGUCAAACCUGGAGAAUAAGAGCGACAAAGGAAAUCCUCCAGAGAGACGACAAUGUUUUGCUUUCAAAGUCCAUUCACGCGCACGCUUAGGUCAACCGCAUCGUCAACGGUGACGUCCCCAUCCCUGCCAGCUCCCACCUCCUCCAAAAUGAGUAUAGAUAGUCAGCUGAAGGAUUUGUCAGAGCCAAGCAGACGUGCCUCAGAAGCGGACUCCAGCUCAUCAAUUCGCUUCAUAGAUCAGGCAUCGAUAUCAGAGAGCAGCAGUACAGAUACACUACCUGGUGCGCAAGCGGAUUAUUUUGAGACAGAUCCGCUGUCACCAGGACCAGGUGCUACCCUGGCACCAUUGGCAUCCUUGGACAAUCAAUUGCCACAGAUGGGAAAGACAUCGCCAAAGAAAUGGCGGAAGAAGUUUCUUCUCCGUCUCAAGGCUAACGAGAAUUCAGUCGUUCUGAACACGAAGAAGGACGGCAAAGCUAGUUCUGUUGAUGAUAUACCAUCGUUAAAUGGAUUCAGCGAGGACGAGGAUGAUGACGAGGAAGUGGACGAGCCUGAGGCUGAAACCGAGACUGAGGAGGGGUCUUCAUUGCCGUCUAGUCCUGCAGCUGCUAUAUCAGUCGGUCUUGCACCAGCUCCGGUGCCUUAUCAACCGUAUUACAAUUUCUUAUCCGUCAAUGGUGGCAUGAGGCAGGAGACAACGAGCACUAGUUCACCACAGCUGUCAUCGGGAACGGCCACCAUUGAUGGUGAUGUCUGUCCGGAAAAGGCUGACACACUCUCGGUUAAUGAGGAGCUGAAGGGCACCCUUGGACUCAUGAAAAAGGGUGAUACUCUAGAUGCACCUAGUUGUCUUCCUGCUGCUAGGUCUUGUCCGAAUCUUGAACAGCAGUCCGUUGGUGGGUCUUCUGCGAGUGGUAGCUCGAGUCCAAGUCCUAGUCCUGGACCCGCUGGACCGAGGUUCAGACCCAUUGAGGAGGGCGAUGUACAGGUCUGCUAUUUGAAUCACACCAGGACACUUGUCAGCAAGAUACUCAGCAGCAAGUUCCUCAGGAGGUGGGAGACACAUCAUCUUUAUCUUAAUGAUGCCUGCUUGUCGUCCAAAACCUUGACUGGUUUUCUCCAGCAGCCGGUGCCCUACAGCAGUAUGUCAGAGGUGUACGCAGUGGCCCGAUGGGAUCCGACGUACAAAUAUUGUCUGAGAAUUGUUUUACCAGAUGGUUCCCUCUUGCUUCAAGCGAGCAACGCCUACACGAGGGACCAGUGGUACCACUCCAUCCUCUGGAAGAAAAGUAUCUUCAAGUACCAGCACUUGGUGUCACAGACACUCCGAGAGGAAGUGAUCCUCCGAGAGCUGAAGACAAUGGUAGAUUUCGCCCUGUGGACACCCCUCCAGGACGAGAGGGUGAAUGGAGCCCCCCUGGAGGCAGUUGCAAAACUGCUGGAGGAGCCAGUGCCACCAGAAAUCGACAAGAGCUGUGACAAGAAGAUCCUCGAGGCUGAGGAGGUGCAGAUCCAGAGGGAUCAGCGAACCUGGGCAGAAUCUGUCCUGUCAGUUGCAUCUCCACUCCUGGAAAAAGCUGCACCACCACCAGCACUCGCCAGGGCCCUUGCCAGACUUGCCCACAGACACCCAAGAUCACCCCUGGUACCUGCCCUUGGUCCUGCCAUCACUAGAUGUCUCAAACACACCGUCGACUUCGGAAAAUCACCUGACAUGCGAAAACUCAUUCAGAUGUUCAUUGCUGCUCUCUUCGAGAAUAACGAUGGGGAACAAUCCAUCAGGGAUUACAUUGCAUCCGUUCAUGGACCUGGAAGUGACUGCCCUCAUCCCAGGGUCCUACCAAAUCUCGUCGCCAUCUGUGUCGCUGCUAUUUUUCAUAGAUUCGAAGUCUCAAAUCGAGGGCCCUUGAAUACUGAAGAGAAACCCCAGCCGCCACCACUUCAGUGCUAUUUACACGUCCUAAAAAUAGCUUCGGAAUACGCGGACUGGAGGCCAGGUUUAGGUGCUCUUCUCCAGCCAGUGCCAUUCCCAGAGGCUGCCCUAGCUGACAACGAGGUUCAACAGUCAGUGUUAUCAUGCGUAAUGAGAAAUCUGGCUGAUGAUCCUCGAUGUUCAGUUCAUCGGGUGCUCCUACCGGUUCGUGAGCCACGACCUGGUUGGCUCCACAUCGCCGCACCAUCGAGCCCCGCAUGUCCCGACGAUGGUGCACUCUUCGGGGAUAUGUUGACAUCCCUGCUGGGCUGUUGCUGUCGUCGAAAAAAAUUCAUAGCAUCUCUUCUGAAGCAAACAGGAAGUGCAUGUAUAUUGCUAGCUGUGCGUGGCUGUGAUGCAGCCCAGGAAGCCCUAUGUCUAAUGCUGGAAUGGCGUUUACUUCCGAAUGAAGAAGCUCGUCUGCAGGUAGUUUCCGCCCUGCAAUCGACAGCCUCUGGCAAGACGUGCUACAAUGGCCUCUGCCAGCGACAGAGAAAUCUCCAGGAGUUGCAACAGAAAGGUGGACCGAAGAAAUUAACUCUGCCAGUUCGUGCAACUGAUGCCGAUGUUGCUCUACUCCUGGGAGGUGGUGCCCUGGGCAAUUUGGAGUGCCUCAGUCUGGCUUUCACAUCAGUUACGUCUGCUUGCGCUGAACAACUUAUUAAAUUACCAGCCCUGAGGUAUCUCAACCUGUGGGCAACGCAAUUCGGCGAUGCGGGGCUACAGAUGAUUAGCGAGCAUCUCCAGAAACUUCAGGUGCUCAAUCUGUGUGAGACACCCGUAUCGGAUAAAGGGAUUUCAACGCUAGCAUCUUUGACGAAUCUCAGAAAAUUAAACCUCAACAGCACGAAAUUGUCAGCUCAGACUUUUGAGUCACUGAAGAAGCGUCUGCCAGCCCUUCAGGAAUUCGAUGUACGAUACACCGAGGCCUGGUGACCCGAGCCAAUACCUCAGACUUCACCGAGUACUCCGGAAAUUCGUAACAAUGGCACAAUUCACAAUUACAGUUGCCGCACGAAAAAACGUCAUUGAAGAGUGCGAGUGAAGUUUUGGGGUUCUCGAGAGAACUUUCAAAAGUUGGAUUAUUAUAUUCGUACAUUUGUGAUUGAUUCUGGUGGAGAGAUGAAUUAACAGAGAAUAACUAAUUCGAUAACUGAGAGAAUGAGUUUCCAGAUAUUUUAUUCAUCUCUCCGUCAAUCUUAAUAACGUAAAUAAUCGUUUAAUGUAAUUCAGGAGGGAAUGAAAUGGUACCCCGAGGGGGGAAUGGCUGGUACUACCGUCGACGACAGUCAAACAUUUCUAAAGUUAUUAAUUAUGGUUUUAAUUGUGUGGAGGAGUGGUGAGUGAUCGAGGUUUAUAAAUUCCUAUUUUUUUUGGGAGUAUCUCGGAAUGCGCUGGGUCCACAGAGAAAAGUGAGAAGAUAUUCUUUGAUAAACCCACGAGUCUCCGAGAUAUUCCCAGAAGAUUAGCAGGACAUUCCUGUUAUUCACCACUUGCCCGCCAAAUUGUUGAAUAAAAAAUGAGGAAGGAGAUAAAUUGAGUGGUACUCGUGGAUGGGCCUUCUUGGACGGUUUUCCUAGUUUGCCGUGUGCCUCUUCUUCGACUCGUCUUCCCAAAAUGUCCUCCAACUCCCAAAAGACAAUUUGAGUCUACCAAGAGGCACACGAGGCAAUCGCUAAAGUACAUGAGCGAACAAAGGGGAACAACUAUUACCAAAACAAUGAUAAACAUUGUUUCUGUCCUUUUUAAGUGAUUAAUAAAAAAAAUAACGACUUACUCACUCGUCUGAGGGUGCCCAACUGCCUUAAAACUACUGCAAAGUUCUGAGCGAGCACUGCCACACAAAAAAAAAACACAGGGAUGCCGAAAAUUGUAAUUGGAGCGUUAGAGGAUAAUAUUGAAGUCUAGGUGUGAUUGAGUGAAGUAAAAUGAUGAUCGCAACCUCAAUUUUUUUAACCCACAUUGUCAGAUUUGAUCAAACGACAAAAUGGUGGUGAAGACAAAAUUUCUUUCACAAAUCUCUUGAAAAUAACUGAGACAUUUCCCCAGACUCAACUUCCGCCAUUUUGUCUGAUCUCUGGCGGUAAAAUGCACAUGAACUACUCGGAAAAAUCAUGAUGACACUUUUAAUGUUCAACCAAAGAUCUAGAUGUUCGAUGUUCAUAAGAGAUUGAAGUUCUAUUUCAUGAACAUCAUCUUUGUAUUUACCCUCUAACCUUCAAACCCACGUUGGCACGUCGAAUGGGAGAUUUUCACGUGGAUUUAAUUAUUGUUCACUGGACACAACACUUUUCCACACUGUAGUCUAGUAUUUUUGGAUAUUCUAUCAUUGACAUUCACUGGUGGCGUCUGUUUCUCGGUGACAGUCAUAUUCCGAUGUUUACUCACCGGCACACUAGCUCGAACUGAUAGUCUCACUCUCCCCACCCCCGCUCUUCCAUCCCUCACUACGAACGACUGACUCUCUUCCAACAUUAUUUACGCGAAUUUUAUUGCUUUGAGUAAUUAAUUCACCCGAAUUUAAGCGAUUUGUAGCCUCAAUCGAGAAAAUUGGAGGAGAAAAAAAAUCAUCGGUCGACGUACUCUUGCAAUCUGGGGCGAUUUGGGGCGAGGGAAAUCGUUAUUUAUAUUUUUGCUCGAGAAUUAAAUUAUGUGCAAAAAAAUUGAAUUCAAUUCUAUCGUUAGUCCAGUCGUGAUCGAGAUAAUCGAACAGUUGAUAAUUGGUAUCGACAAGCGAUGGACAGUGGUUUUGAGAUUUUAAAUUAUUGAGAAAAUGCAAUGGUUGGGAAAAAAAUUUUAUUAGAUUUUUUUUAAGUCUAGGAAAUUCUCUUGAAGGAUCAGUUGAUUCUUGACUUUCAAUAUCUCAUCAGCCACUCCACUCUUGAUUAAUCCUUUUACUUCAUGGAAUCACGAAAAUCAGAAGUUAAAUUUAUAGUUUAAAAUUGCCGUUCGACUCUAGUAUCCGUAUCGAAGGGUUUAGAAUUGUCUUCUCAAAAGUAUUUCGAGGACGAGAGUUUCUCUAGUGUAAAUAGUUAAGCAGGAUUAAUAAUUUAUUGUAGCUAGGUGAAUAUUUAUAUCUUAAACGACUUAAACGUAAUGAAUAAUGAAGUAAAAGAUUGGAAAAUCUGCGAGGCAGUUGAGAAUUGCAAAAAUACAUUUUUAAAAUCAUAAGAAAUACGCGUGAUAGAGUAAUAAUAACGAACCAAA